AUGUGCUGCAGGAAUAAGGGAAUUCUGUUCGUACCUAUUGAUCAAAACAGACCCCUUUCAGAUCAAGGCCCUUUCGACAUUCUGCUCCACAAAUUAUCUGGAAAGGAAUGGCGGAGAGUACUUGAGGAUUACCGGAAAGCACAUCCAGAAGUAACAGUUCUUGAUCCUCCUGAUGCUAUACAGCAAGUGUACAAUCGUCAAUCUAUGCUCCAAGAUGUUGCUGACCUGAAUCUGUCAGAUAAUUAUGGAAAAGUCAGUGUCCCUAAACAGUUGGUCAUCAAGAAAGAUCCAUCAUCAAUUCCUGGGGCGGUUAACAAGGCUGGGCUGAGACUACCGAUUGUGGCAAAGCCUUUGGUCGCGAAGUCACAUGAGCUGUCUCUUGCCUAUGACGAAUUCUCCCUACAGAAGCUCGAACCCCCACUAGUUUUGCAAGAAUUCAUUAAUCACGGAGGCGUGCUGUUCAAGGUUUAUAUUGUAGGGGAGGCAAUAAAGGUUGUCCGCCGUUUUUCGUUGCCUGAUGUGAGCAAGCGUGAAUUGUCAAAGACUGCUGGUGUUUAUCGUUUUCCGAGAGUGUCUUGUUCUGCUGCAUCUGCUGAUGAGGCAGAUCUCGAUCCUUGCGUUGGUGAACUUCCUCCACGGCCAUUACUCGAGAGACUGGCCAAGGCACUGAGGAGGCGACUGGGUCUUCGGUUGUUCAACCUGGAUAUAAUCCGAGAGCAUGGCACACAGGACCAAUAUUAUGUGAUUGAUAUAAAUUAUUUUCCAGGAUAUGGAAAAAUGCCAGAAUAUGAGCACAUUUUUACUGAUUUCCUUCUGAGUCUGGCUAACAGCAAAUAG